AUGAAGUGUUUUUCUAGUAUAAAAUAUCUAAUAACAGGUUCUAAGUUUAAAUUAGAUUUAAUACGUGCCAAUAAUGUUUAUAAAAAACCACAAGCUUUAUUUAACAUUUGUUCACGUUUUUUUUCAAACGAGAUAAAUCCAAGUAUAACAAAUGACGAAGAACAAAUCCCUUCAAAACCUGUUAAAAAAAAGGAAAAGACACCAGAAAAAUCUAAAACAAAUGUAUUAAUACAUUUAGAAAACGAUGCUAACUUUCAAGAAAUCAAAGAUCAGAUUCCUGAAAAACUAUUCAAAUACAGACGAGUAGCUCCCGAAGGUCUUUAUUUAAUUAAUAAAGAUACGGCUUAUGAUAUUCUGUUUGCAAUAUUGCCGUACUUACAAACUUCAUCUGCUGGAGAGAGUAGUUUAAUUGAAGUUAAUCCGGGAUUAGGAUUGCUCACUGAUUUACUUCUGAAUAACUGGUCACGAGAAAUCACUUUAUAUGAACCUAAUACACAAUUUGUUAAAGCUUUAAAUGCCUUAAACGAAGUUCACAGAAAUAGAAUUAAUCUCUAUUAUACAAGUUUUUAUGAUGUUUGGAAAUUGUCUUAUCAAGAUAAACAUACAAGUAGUAAAAAAGUAGCAGCACUAUUAGGGGAUUUACCCCAAAUUCCUUGGGGAAAAGAUUUUUGUUCAACAAUCAUUGGUAUCGCCCCCUCUAAUAGUUUUUUAAAUCAUCUCAUAACAUCCUUAGUUUUUCAACACAGUCUAAUGAUGUGGGGACGACAUCAAUUUUUCCUUGUUAUAACACCAAGACAAUAUAUUCAUUAUACUUGUAACGGAAACACCGGUUAUAUGUUUUACAGAGCUUCAAGCAUCAUGUUUCAAAUAUUAUUUAAAUUUAAAUUUUUAUGCAAAGUACCAAGAAAGUCAUUCUUGCCAUGGGUUCAGACAUUUCUAACCUCUACAACAUAA